AUGUCUCCAUCGCUAUGGACCUUUGAGGAUGUAUGGCCGUCGCCGCCCAAGCGCGCGUUGCCUCGACGCCGCAACUACAAUUUGCAUUCUUUUCUGGCGCGCGCCGUGUUUCCGCGUGUCAUGGAGUUCAAGGUCAUCAGCCGCGAGAGUGAAAAGCACGAGUUCAUGCCUGUUGUUUAUCUUAUUGAUCGCUCGCCCGCUUGGGUACGUCGUGUACCUCCCGUCGUGGAACGUACGAUUGUAGAGGACUACAUCUCUCCUUUGGUGGCCGAGAUACCGGACGCCGUCGAUGCGACGGGCAAGAUGCGUCUCUUGGCCAAUGUACGCGAAGAAAUGGAGCUGCGCGCCAACCUCAUUAAUGAGGAGCUGCUGGAUGACGUCAUCACUAAUGAGACGGAUUACAAGAUGGGAGUACUUGUGGACUUUGCACCGACCCCAAAGAGUCCAGGCAAAGCGAUGCUUAACCAAGUUGUGUUCCAAAUUGCCACAGCGUUACGCUCCGCCUCGUGUAGCCGUGCACUUGUAGUACCCGUGACCAUGCACUACUGUUCAUCUGCUAGCUUCUUGGACGUGCGACGAUAUGCAGCUCUUCGCUAUGGAGCUCCCGUGUUGCUAGAGGAGCGCGAGGUGGCGAUCUUUGGUGAAGAUCCGACCGAAUUUACACAGCAUUUUAGUGCCAGACUGCGUGCAUCGUUGACGAUGCCUCCACCUUCGUCGGUCGCCCAGAUCGAAAUGUUGCGGUUGACGCGGACACUGCACGUGUACUGCGCUAAGGUAGUACGAGACGAUUGUUUCUCUCGAAGACAACGUGCCUCAAUGAACGAGGAAAUCAUGCAGAUUCACUUUCGUACAUCGAAUCAUCCGGCGAUGCAAGAACUGAAACGCAACAUGAUGGCGUAUUGCGCAACACUGAAGCGUUGGAAGCUCCGUGAUGAGGAUAUUAACUCUGCCAGUGUAUUGCUGGCCGUGGAGAAUUUGCCAAAGCACCCACUGCACUUUGUAUGGCUUCUGGCUGCUGCAUUGCGCUUUGCCUUCAAACUGCCCAUUCAACUUUUUUUGGCGACCGCGUGCGACCUCAUUUACCGUUUCUCCCCGCGUAAAUCUGGCAACAGAUUACUACCUUUGUGUGCAGCAGCAGUCAAAGCCGUCUUGGGCUGCCUUGCACUUGGUGUGCUCGUGCACGCUGUGCCUUCAAGCUUACUAGGGUGGUUGUUUGCGUCGCUAUUGGUGGCAGUGCUGAUCGUGGAUGCAGCAACUGCGCACAAUGCGGCAGCGGAUGUGCAGCACCUGACCCAACAUUGGAAGAGGCUCCAGUUUUAUGUAAUGGAUGCCAAUGAGUUGACUCGAUUGAAGGAGACACGUGCUGUGCUGGCUCGCAGUAUACACGACAUUGUCGCACGGUAUAUGUGCACGGACCUCCCGCCUCCGGUUCUACAGGAUAUUUCUAAGUCUGCUGCUUCGCCAACUUCUGCUCUGCUGAAUAACGACGAGUACACGCUAAACACGCACCACCAGAUAUUUAUUAACUCACCGCGCUCAUUCCCGCUGGCCUACGCCGCAAAAAUGAAGGACCCCAUGACUGCUCGCCGCACUGUAUACGCACCGAAGAUGCUGCGCGAUGAGACUUGGCGCAAUAUCUACGAGACUCUAGCGCCUGCACACCUGCGUUUCCGUGUUCUGCUCGCUGACAACAAAAGGGACAUUCUUCCUAUGGACAAGCUUCUUGCUACGCCUUUCUUCGGCGCAGUGCUGUCCGCUUACAUCCUAUACAAGACUCGCUAUGUAGACGGUGACAGCUCUACAUCGAGCUCGAGUGGCGAUGAUGCUGCCGAUUUCGUGACCGAAGAGGUACAGCAGGAACAGGCGCGUGUGCACAGCCAGAAUGAAAAGGAUGGCAACCGAGAUGUUCUUGGAGGCUACGGUUCCAUCCAGGAAAUAAUCAAUGCAGCUCUACGGAUGACUACAGGAUGA